CUCGUGCAUUCGGGGGCCUGCACGUUUGCAGAGGUGCGGCUAGCGAUAGAAGACUUGACUCAACUUGAGCACGGACAAGAAGCUGGUACCUGAAGAACCCGCGCGGGAGAUCUUGCCUCUCGUUAUCGGCCUCUGCCCAAGAACCUAGCGCAUUCCUUAAAAUCUAUACGUGCAGCCCUCUAAGGGCAUCCCACUAGCCCACCAUGGACUUCUUCGUGGGUAUCAAGGGCAAGGACUUCGUUAUGGUGUGCAGCGACACCAGCGCCGCGCACAGCAUCAUCAGCAUUAAGCAAGACGAGGACAAAAUCGUGCCUAUUGACGAUCAUAAAGUCUUCUGCAUUGCUGGAGAGGCGGGAGACCGUGUGAACUUCAGCGAAUACAUCAUCGCUAACGUGAAGCUGUAUGCGCUGCGCAACGGGACACCGCUGAACACCAAGUCGGUAGCAAACUACACGCGCGGGGAGCUGGCGACAGCGUUGAGAAGCUCUCCCUACCAUUGCAACCUGCUACUGGCGGGCUGGGACGAGCAGGCGGGCGCCUCGCUCUACUGGAUGGACUACCUGGCCACACUCAACAAGAUCAACACCGGCGGCACCGGCUACGGCUCCUACUUCACCCUGUCGCUGUUCGACAAGAUGUGGCACCCCAACCUCACGGUGGAUGAGGCGACCGCCAUGAUGGAGGCCGGCAUUGCCGAGGUCAAGAAGCGGCUGGUGGUGGCGCCGCCGCACUACAUCAUCAAGGUGGUGGAUAAGGACGGCAUCCGCACCAUCAAGACCGUGUAAGUGUUUAGGUGAUGUGGGUUGAUGAAAACUUUGUGAGGAUCUUUUUACCAGUAGAAAGGUUUGAAAGGCGUGUUGAGGAGGGGGCAUUGGGUGUCGCCAGGAAGGGCCGUGCAUGUGUGGUCACAGCGGCGCGAAGGUCGCAGGGUGGAUUGAUCGGGAGGCAGAUCGAUGGUGGUGGUCGUAGGCAUGAGGAAGGCCAGGGAGCUCGAGUGGAUGCUUGGAAGGAAUGUCCAGCCCUGUGGUUGGCAUGGAUGUAUGGUGGCGGGGGCCUUGGGCUCAGGCAUGAACAAUCAUGCUAGCUGACCCGCGUAACGAGAGCAGAUGUGCGCCGCGCGGGGCAACGAUGGCUGAACGGCAGGGAUAUGGCGUUACAAUUCGCUAAUUAUGGUUGGCAUGUGUCUGUGUAAACCGAUUGCUAC